AUGGGAACAUGGAAGCCUAAGAAAAAAAAUCUUUGCAAUAAUUGCUUUAUGAGACGUAUGAGAGAGAGGAAUGAGAGGAUUCCUGAUCCCAGCGAACGCUUUAGCUAUGUUGUUGUUAAAGGCCCGCCUCUCUAUAUCAAAAAAGGUAGAAAGGAGCCACAUAGAGUUGGUGAUUUUAUGGAGUAUGCGGACAUCGCAAAAGAGCAAAACAUGGAAAUAGAUAUCAAUUAUUAUUUAGGCACUACGAUUAAAGAUUCGGAUAUAAGAGAAAAGCAGAUCGAUGAAUAUUCCCAGAAAAAGGCAAAAAACUGGCUUAUAAAAUAUAUCAAGAGCCUUCAAUAA